AUGACCCUCUACACUGCCACGCUGCAGCUGAUCGCCAAGGCCCCCGAGGCGUCCGGCGCGGCCGUGUCGGCGGAGGGAGCCGACGCCUUCCCCCGCGACGCGUUCCUCACGUGGUUGGGGGGCCCGCGCGACAGGCCACAGGCUGGAGCCCUCCUCGCUGGAGCCAUGCCGUACGCGUGGCUCGUCCUGGUGGUGGUCCGGCAGGACAUGCGGCUGUGGUCCCGCACGCUCGCCGUGGGCGCCACGCUCGCCGUGCUCAACAGCUUCGUCGUGAUGGCCACGGUGCUGCCAGAGCCGGGCGGCCUCGAG